AUGGCCGGGAGGCUAACCGCGGCGGGAUCCCGCAUCCUGGGCGGCGGCGGCGCACGCGCUGCGGCCUCCGCCCUCCGGCACCGCGCCGGCAUGGGCCUCCCCGUCGGCCGCCACAUCGUCCCCGAUAAGCCCCUGCCCGUGAACGACGAGCUGGUGUGGGAUAACGGCACGCCCUUCCCGGAACCCUGCAUCGACCGCCUCGCCCCGCACAUCGGCAAGUAUGAGGCGUUGGCGUGGCUGUGCGGAGGGCUGGGGUUCUUCGCUGCCCUCGGUGUGGCUGCUGCUGUGAACGACAAGGCCUCCAAGAUACCAUAUACUCCCAAAGUCUAUCCGUACGACAACUUGAGAGCUGAACUUGGUAACAGACCAUUUUAG